UUCCUAUAUCAAUAUAUCAUUAUUUCAUACAUAUUUACAGUAAUCACACACUCAAAAGUAUAAUUUAUACGUAUAUUUGUUAAAAACGCACAACGUGCCGUCAUACUUUAAUUGGUUCACAUCACGCUUAUUUCAUCUCAUUUCGCAACUAAUUAUUAAUAAAUACCAGUUAUUUUACUCAUUCUAUAAGAUUAAAAGCAUAUUUUUGGUAGAUCGCGCAUAUUUCGUAAAAUCAAUUGUAAAAAUUUGUUCGCCGCUCGCGCGAUUUAUCUACCUACCAACCCGCCAUAUUUGUAGUUAAACUCGCCCGCAAAAUUCGUCAACCUCGUCGCUUUGAUUUUGUUUUACUUAUAUAACAAAACUCUCAUUUUAUAACUUUACGCAAAUUACGCAUACUUACCUUAUUAUUAACUGACUCAUUACAAAAUGAAAGACGACGAGGAAGUGAUGAUUACCUUUUUAGAACAUAAAAAACAAUUUCUGUUUCAAAUAAUUCAAGAAGUUUAUAAUUUAAGCUUGAGGGUUUCCGAUGAUGUCACUCGCACGCAGUUUUUAGCGAGGACUCAAUCCGCUGAUAAAACGCGUUCAGAUUAUAUUGAAACCGUAGAUAAACUUAUAAUUGAACAACUCAAAGUAAAUCCUGAGGCUCAGCCGAGUUAUAGUAUUUUAAAUACAUUCGAUGAGUUAUAUUGUUACGUUAAACAAAAAGAAACUAUUUUGAAGCAAGAGCUUGAGGACCAAAAGAAAAAUAAUAAUUUUAAUACGAAGUUACCCCCUCUUCAACUCAUAGGUUUUGAUGGUACUCCUACUAAGUGGCCAGUAUUCUAUGAAAAUUUCCGCAGUGUCAUACACGCUAAUACUCGCCUAACAAAUGCUGAAAAGGUCCAGUACCUAAUAGGCUGUCUCUCCGGCAAAGCACUCAAUGUUUGUUCCGGAAUAACCGCUACCUCUGAAAACUAUGACAUCAUAUGGCAAGCUCUUCUAGCAAAAUACCAAGAUACUAGGGUACAGGCUUCUGUCUAUCUAGAUCAAAUGUUACAACAAAAGACUGGGCAGUCAGUCGAUAAUAUACUUGAUAACUUUUGUUCCGCUGAAGCGGCAUUACAGCGCUUGAAAAUUGAUAACUUAUCAGAUUUCAUCCUAACUCAUAUUGCCUUAAGUAAGUUGGACAAAUCUAUGAUUGACCUGUUCGAACAAGCUCAUAGACAUAUCGACAUUCCUAAAUUUAGUGAUUUAAAGAAAUUUCUAACCGAACAGAGUAAACUCCAAGUACUUCACGCACCGUCUCGCUCUCACACGCAAAUUUAUAAUAAUAAUUCUCGCACUCAAUCAUUCAGUACUAACAAACCCGCAACGCAAACUAAUAAAAUAAAAACAUUCUGUACUCAAGUUACAAAUCCGCAACCUCAAACUUACAGCAAGUUUAACAACUCUGACAUUCUCAGUCUCACUCAAUCUCGCUCAUGCAAAGUGUGUAAAUCUCAACUCUCUCACCCGCUAUUUAAAUGUGAAUAUUUCUUACAACAAAAUACUCAAACGCGCAACGACAUAGUUCGUCAACACACAUUUUGCAUAAACUGUUUAGGUUUUCAUCAUAUUAGCACAUGUAAAUCAACAAAUAGGUGUUCGAUUUGCAAUAAGAAACAUCAUUCUUUGUUACAUUACGAGACCCAGUCGAAUACAACGCAUUCCUUGCAAUCAGCUGAUUCAAAUAUAAACAAUAAUAACAACUCGGCUGGCACGAGCGCUGCUCCAGCACCGCGUCCAAGCAGUAGUAGCACAUCGAAUCUUCCGUCUCUGUCCCACCCGCCGCGUCAGCCGCGCUCGCCUACGGCGACUGCAGCCCGCACGAACGGCGGCCAGACAAACGAUAACCUCGCGCUUUCUGUUACAAUUCCCGCUCGAAAUUUAAAUAGUGACACUUUAGUUUUAUGCCCGACUGCGUCUGUUAACGUUUAUAGUAAUAAUCAAACGCAUCGCCUCCGUGUAUUCUUGGAUACGGGAGCGGCUACUAAUUUCAUAACAAAGGCUUGCUGUGAACGCUUAAAUUUAAAAGUUACUCCCGCACCCGCUAUUAUUAAUGGCAUAGGAAAAAUACAAGACCGCGCGUUUGGAAUAACGCAACUUACAAUACACUCUCGAUUCGACUCACGCUGUUCCUAUACCGUUUGUUGCCGCGUUAUGAAUGAAAUUACGGACAUUUUACCUAGCGCCGAGCUAGAAAUCACGCAAUUAGACCAUCUUCAAGGUUUGCCGAUGGCCGAUGAUGAAUAUUACUUACCGGGCGAGAUAGAUUGUUUGAUAGGUAAUGAAUUAUUCCCCACGUUACUCGGACCAGGUAAGGUGACCUCGCCAACUUCCUCGGUUGUAGGUAUCGAAACUACUCUCGGAUAUAUCGCCGGAGGAAGGGCGCAUUGUUUUCCUCAUUCGCUCGAAAAUAAAACUCGCUCUUUAAACGCUCACAAUUUGGAAAAGACUUUCUUUUGCCAAACUGAAGAUUUUGCUCUCGAUCAAUUAACGCAACGCUUUUGGGAAAUCGAAAAUGUCCCAGAAAAGACCCAUUUUAGUCCAGAUGACGAAGCAUGUGAAAAACAUUUUCAGUCAACUUAUACGCGCGAGGACGACGGUACCUAUACCGUUGCUCUUCCGUUCAAACACUCACCUGCCGAAUUAGGAUCAUCUUAUUCUGCAGCGAAGCACCGCUUAUUAAAUUUAGAAAAGAAACUCGACUCAACUGGAUUACGAUCCGAUUAUAACGCAACUAUUCAAACUUACAUAGAUCAAGGUUAUUUAAUAAAGGUUCCGAAUAAUUUUCAAAACACUGAUUCUUAUUACAUACCGCAUAGGGCCGUUUAUCGUCCCGACAAAGAAACUUCAAAGACGCGUAUCGUACUGAACGCUGGUUGUAAAACCACCUCAGGAAAAUCCCUUAAUGAUUUACUUUACGUAGGUCCAGUUCUACAGAAUAAUAUUUUCGAAUUGCUUUUAAAUCUCCGCAUGUUUUCAAUUGCAAUUUCCGCAGAUAUCGAAAAAAUGUAUUUUCAAGUGAAACUUUCUCCUGAUCAUCACUCAUUCCAAAGAAUUUUAUUUAGGUUUGACACUAAUUCACCGAUCGAAAUAUAUCAAUUUAAUCGAGUAUGUUUCGGUGUUUCUAGUUCACCCUAUUUAGCUUUGCGCGUCGUGCGACAACUUGCCGCAGAUAGCCGUGAUUCAUUCCCGCUCGCCGCUUAUGAAGCCGAAAACCAUAUGUACGUUGACGAUUACGUUAGUUCAGUUGAUAACGUGGAUACGGCAGAAAAAAUAUAUAAAGAGAUGACCGCUAUGUUCAAAUCGGGAGGUUUCAACUUAGUUAAAUGGAUUUCAAAUGAUACUCAACUCAUGUCGCGCGUCCCAUCCGCUCAGAAAAGCCCUCUUGCAGUCAAAUUUGAUGAUGAUCCCAACGCUGAUACUAAAAUCGUAGGUAUGCAAUGGCAGCCUACGAAUGAUCAAUUUCACUUUAAAACAAACAUAGAUUUUCCAGAAACUUGUACUAAACGCUCGAUUCUGUCUGUCACCGCGCGCUUGUUCGACCCGCUAGGUCUAAUUAGCCCGGUUGUAGCUUAUAUGAAAUUACUCAUUCAAGAAUGUUUUAAACUUCAACUCGAUUGGGAUGAUGAGGUGCCUGACUUCAUUGUCUCCAAAUGGAAACAAUUCCACCAGGAACUUCCGCAUUUAUCAGAAAUUAAAAUACCGCGCCAUAUUGGCAUCACGUCCAAAAAUAGAAUAACUUUAAUCGGAUUCGCCGACGCUAGCCAGCAGUGCUAUGGUGCUGCGAUCUAUGUACGCGUAGACUCAGAUGAAAACUCAACCGCAAAUUCAGUAGAAUUACUCACCGCUAAAUCAAAAGUUUCCAACUCUAAUAAAACCCUCGCUCGCUUAGAGCUCUGCGCUGCCGUGUUACUCGCAAAAUUAAUAAAUUCCGUUCGCGAUGUCCUAAGUAAACGAUGCACUAUAAAUAAAAUAUACGCUUUUUCAGACGCCACUGUAACACUCACAUGGAUUCAUUCGCCCGCUUAUAAAUUUCACACAUUUGUAGCUAAUCGUAUCGCUCAAAUAAAUGGAUACUUACCCGCUUCCCACUGGUUCCACGUUCGUGGCGUAGAGAACCCUGCAGAUAUUGUAUCGCGACCUGUAACGCCAAUAGGAUUAAUAAAUAACUCACUCUGGUUCCACGGCCCGCAAUGGUUAUCCGCUCCGAUUAAUACCUGGCCUGUAAAGGAAUUUAAAAUAAAUCAUAAUAAACAAGAUGAUUUACAAGAAAUUAAAGUUACUUCGCUUCCCGCGCAAACUGUAUUACCUACGGAACCUACUCUCAUUGCACACUGGCAUCGGACUGCUAGCCAUGCAUGGUGGCAGUGGAAUCUUCCGACCAGAGAAUAG